UCUGGUCCGCUGUGAAGCCUGUGGGAAGAUGCAAGUCGAUGGCCUUCCUUUGCUCCAGCUAUAACCUUUUUGAAAGGACUUCACUUAAUACAGUGCCCAGCGGACAAAGCAGAAUCCAGACGGUUUGGAAGCACUUAGAAAAUGUGUGUUCUUCUAAUUGAAGCCUUUUAUGGUGGUUCCCACAAACAGCUGAUGGAUCUUCUCCAGGAGGAGCUACAAGAAGACUGUGUCCUCUGUACACUCCCUGCCAAGAAGUGGCACUGGAGAGCACGAACUGCUGCUCUCUAUUUCAUGCAAACCGUGCCAAUAAGUCCUAAUUACAGGAUCCUCUUUGCAAGCUCGGUGCUUAACCUGGCUGAACUCACUGCCCUCCGCCCUGACCUUGGCAAAUUGAAAAAGGUCCUCUACUUCCAUGAGAACCAAUUGGUAUAUCCUGUCCAGAAAUGCCAGGAAAGGGAUUUUCAGUAUGGAUACAACCAGAUUCUUUCAUGCUUGGUUGCUGAUGUGGUGGUGUUCAACUCUGCUUUUAAUAUGGAAUCGUUUCUUACAUCCAUUGGAAAAUUUAUGAAGCUGAUUCCUGACCACAGACCUAAGGAUUUGGAAAAAAUGAUCAGACCAAAGUGCCAAGUUCUUUAUUUUCCAGUCAGGUUUCCUGAUGUGAGCAGGUUCAUGCCAGAACAUAAGCUUGCCCAUUUUGAAAAAGUAAUUGGUGUUAAAAGAAAUGGAGAUGCUUAUCAAACGGUGGGUCUGCCCGGCCAGCAGAAGUUCAGAGCUUUAAUGAAAACCAGCAGUGCAGCUAGCAAGUCUGGACUUUGUGAAACCCAGCCUAGACUUCAUACCACACAGCACGAGGGGCUGCCUUCCUCAUUAACAGCAGUAGCAAGAUUGAACGAGUCUGAAGCAUCAGAAAGUACAAAUCCUUGUCAAGAAGAAGAUAAGCAACAUCUGACUUUUAACCUCUCUAAUAUCUUGAAUGAACAGGACUAUCAGCAAAGACCUUUACACAUUGUCUGGCCUCACAGGUGGGAACAUGACAAAGGUCCUGAAACUUUCUUUGAAGUCCUGCUGAAACUGAAAGAAAAAGAUCUACCUUUUCAUGUGUCCGUUCUUGGAGAGGCUUUCAGUGAAAUUCCAGAUAUCUUUUCAGAGGCCAAAAAAGUGUUGGGAUCUUCUGUUUUGCACUGGGGCUACUUACCCACGAAGGAUGACUAUUUCCAAGCUCUAUGCAUGGCUGAUGUUGUCAUCUCGACAGCUAAACAUGAAUUCUUUGGCGUGGCAAUGGUUGAAGCUGUAUAUUGUGGCUGUUAUCCACUGUGUCCCAAAGCCUUGGUGUACCCAGAGAUAUUUCCAGCUGAAUAUCUGUAUUCUACACCUGAACAGCUUUUUAAAAGGCUUCAGAAUUUCUGCAAGAGGCCCGAUAUUGUGAGGAAACAUCUUUAUAAGCUCCAGCUAGAGCUGGAGCAACGCUAUGACGGUCCCCUGCCUUCAGAAGAAGAGCUGCUGUCACACUGGGGCUGCUCCCUCAGAAUGACAUUGCCGCUAGCCAAAUGCCAAAUUGCUGAGGAGAGGACAGUCAUGACUGUCCAUCAUGUAUCAGAAAAUGAUGGGUCCUUGAGCAGACCCUGCAAUAUGCCUUGCCUGGUAUUGCAGCUUGUAACAAGCUCACUAGGGGUGAGUUUUGCUUUUCUGGGGUCUUCAUAUGCUGAUCUAGAAUUCAGUAACUUCAUAAAACCCAUAGGACUCCAAAGCAAGACUCUCUUAACUUGCAAACACAGCUCCAAGUGAAGUUACAGUAGGAGCUUUCACUUUUUCCCUACCAGCCAAGUGAAAUAAGAAGCAGAUGUUCACAUGCAUUGUCUCUGGGGAAAUGGAUGAUAUUAUUUCAACAGAUUGAUAUCUGUUGAGACUAGGUUAAACCCCAAAAUGUGCUGGGCUAGUCCUGUUUUCUAGAUCCUCUGAAAGGGAUUAUCAAGUAUAUUUGUGGAUUCAAGCUUACUGACAAACCUGGAAGCCUCUGAGCUGGGGCUUCAGUUUGGACUUUUCCGUGUUAAGAAGAUGCAAAUUAUGAUCAAUUGGCUUAUAUAUUUGUGGCAUUGAUGUGAGACUUUAAUAUGAGUCCAUCUUUACAAAACAGUGAAAAAUAAAAGUAAAUCUGGGGGGAAAGGGGAUUUUGACUGGUGAGGCUUAACAAUACAUUUGAACGCAUGUCCACAUGCACUCACAGGAAAACACCUCGGUCCAAGACCUUUAUUCUUAAAGAAAUUCCUGAGAAAUUUCCUAGGCAAUAGCAUCUUUGCCCACUUCAGACAGGGGAAGCUGUGCUUCUCAGGUGCAUCUUUUCACUGCCUCGUACUCAUGGUUCUGUGUCUUGGAGGGUUGUAGAAAGCCCUAAUUUCCAUGUGGAUGCUGAUGGAUGCCUUUGUUGAGGUAGUAGCACCGGAUUCUGCCCGGAUGUCUGAAUAGCCAUCAAGAAACCAGAACAUCCCAAGUUUUAUUCUACCGAUUCCCCCUGUGACCUUUAGUAAGUAACUUAACCUGUUGUCCUCAGGAUCUCCAGUAAAAUGGGAGACCUUAAUACUUAUCUGGUGGGAUAACAGUGCUUAAUACUUACCUAAUUGGAUGACAAUACUUACCUACAUACCUCACAGGGGUGUUGUGAGGAUUAAUUAGCUAAUGUUUGUAAAGUGCUUUGGAGAUGGAAAGCGGUAUAUAGUAGUGCUAAGCACUAUUACUUCAUGCAAGCACCAAGACCUUAAAAUGGCUAAGGAUGAAAUUAGAGUUUUUAUAUGUUUUAAAAUAAGCCAAAUUUCAGACAUCUGGAUGCUGGAAUUAUUUUUAGACAGAGAUUUCUAAGAAAGUUGGGAAACAGAAGGAUGUAAUUAUAUGACCUGAAACCUUUUUUUGUUUCUUUUAGUUGACCAACUAAACUUAAUCUUAGGUAGGUGUUGUUUGAUGAAUUGUAAAAACUGCUUGUUGGACUUAAAAGAUAUAUCACUGUUUACUCUUGCUGAUCAAACAAUAGUUCUUGAAAUAAAUAUCUCUGUUACAAUUUGGACAAA